CACGGACUCUUUCCCCCUCCGUCUGGGAGCCGCAGACAAUGGGGGUGUCUGAAGAAUGCGACGAGGGGAACAGCCAGACAGGACUACAGAAUAGGAGAGGGAAGGGGGUGACUGGGAGCUCCCCCCACAGCCAGCGCUCCCACCACUCCCUACAGCGCCCCCUGCUGGAAGAGGCGGGUCUGGAGAAGCCAGGAGAUCCUCCCACAGCCGGCUCUCCCACCACUCCCUACAGCGCCCCCUGCUGGGAGAGGGGUUGCGGGGAUCCCCCGGAGAACAAGAGGGGGUUGAGGGCAGAUCUGAGCAGCGGCAGGGGGAGCGUCUGUGCAGCCCGCCCCAGAGGGGAGGUGGUGCUGCCACCUGACCCCACAGUCCGGUCCUGCCUGCCCACCCCUACUCCCACCAUGCCUCACCUGUCCCACCUUGGGGCCUCUACCUUCUUCCUCCUCCUGGCCUUGAGCCUCCCGCUGCACCAGGCCAAGGUGGAGGAGGGGCUGAGGAGUCCAACCCAGGGAGCAUCAUCGCUGGAUGGGGCUAAUGUCAGCACCUUGUGCCAGGAGGCCUCAGAGUGCCAGGAGGGAGUGAUCCUGCCUGUGUGGCUACCCCAGAACCCCUCGGUGGGCGACAAGGUGGCCCGGGCCAUCGUGUACUUCGUGGCAAUGAUCUACAUGUUCCUGGGCAUGUCCAUCAUUGCCGACCGCUUCAUGGCCUCCAUCGAGGUCAUCACCUCGCAGGAGAAAGAGAUCACUGUGAAGAAGGCCAAUGGUGAGACCAGCACCACCACUAUCCGCAUCUGGAACGAGACAGUCUCCAACCUGACGCUCAUGGCGCUGGGUUCCUCAGCGCCCGAGAUCAUGCUCUCCAUCAUCGAGAUCGUGGGCCACAACUUCCAGGCAGGCGACAUGGGGCCCAGCACCAUCGUGGGCAGUGCCGCCUUCAACAUGUUUGUCAUCAUCGCUGUGUGCGUGCACGUGGUGCCCGAGGGCGAGACGCGCAGGAUCAAGCACCUGCGCGUCUUCUUUGUUACGGCUGCCUGGAGCAUCUUCGCCUACAUCUGGCUCUACCUCAUCCUGGCCUGCUUCUCCCCCGGUGAGGUGGAGGUGUGGGAAGGCCUGCUCACUUUCCUCUUCUUCCCCAUCUGCGUGGUGCAGGCCUGGCUGGCCGACCGCCGCCUCCUCUUCUACAGGUACAUGCAGAAGAAGUACCGCGCUGACAAGGCCCGGGGCCUGAUCAUUGAGACAGAAGGCGACGCUUCCCUCCCCAAGCUGGAGGUGGAGUUGGACAGCGCCCAGGCCAGCGGAAUGGGCGAGGCAGACAAGGACGGGGACGAGGAGGCCCGGCGUGACAUGGCGCGCACCCUGAGGGACCUGCGGCAGAAGCACCCAGAGAAGGACAUGGAGCAGCUGAUUGAGAUGGCGAACUACCAUGUGCUGGUGCAGCAGCAAAAGAGCCGGGCCUUCUACCGCAUCCAGGCUACCCGCAUGAUGAUCGGAGCGGGCAACAUCCUGAAGAAGCACGCAGCCGACCAGGCGCGCAAGGCGCUGAGUCUGCCGGAGGUGCGCCCCGAGGACGAUGACUCGCUCACCAGGGUGACCUUCGAGCCGGCGCUGUACCAGUGCUUUGAGAACUGCGGUGCCGUGGUGCUGACGGUGGAGCGGCGCGGUGGUGACGUGGCCCGCAUGGCCGUGCGUGUGGAUUUCCGCACCGAGGACGGCACGGCCAAUGCCGGCUCGGACUACGAGUACGCCGAGGGCACGCUGCUCUUCAAGCCGGGAGAGACGCAGCGCGAGAUCCGCGUGGGCAUCAUCGACGAUGACAUCUUCGAGGAGGACGAGUACUUCCGCGUGCACCUCAGCAACGUGCAGGCUGCCUGGGCCGAGCCGGGCGCUGAGCCGCCCCCCAAGGCCUGCCUGGGCCCCGCCGCCACUGCCACCGUCACCAUCUUCGACGACGAUCAUGCCGGCAUCUUCACCUUUGAGGGCGCCUCGGUGCGGGUCAGCGAGAGCGUGGGGGCCGUGCGGGUGCGGGUGCUGCGCACCUCAGGGGCCCGGGGCUGCGUGGCCCUGCCCUACCGCACCAUGGAGGGUACCGCAAAGGCUGGGGAGGACUAUGAGGAGGCCGAGGGCAAGGUGGAGUUCCUCAACGACGAGAUCACGAAAUUCAUCGAGAUUAAAAUAAUCGAUGACGAGGAAUAUGAGAAAAACAAGAAUUUCCACCUGGAGCUGGGGCCCCCUGAACUGCUGGAGAUGGGGCUGCGGCAUGGUACGGGGGGCGGGGGGGAGGGCACAGUCCAUGGUACUGGGGGGUGCAAUGUGGAUGGGGCGCUGGGCAGCACAGGGAAGUGGGGUGGGGGAAGCCAGAGACUAACAGUCCCUCUGCCUCUUCUCACCACAGGUGACUCUAAUGAGAACCGCCCCACUGAGGGGGAGGAGGGGACCGCCAUCGCCAAGAUGGGGUGUCCCAGCCUUGGGGAACACCCCAAACUUGAGGUGGUGAUUGAGGAGUCCUAUGAGUUCAAGAGUACUGUGGACAAACUGAUCAAGAAAACCAACUUGGCACUGGUUGUGGGGAGCAGCAGCUGGAGGGAGCAAUUCGUCAGUGCCGUGACGGUCAGCGCUGGGGAUGAGGACGAGGACGAGACAGGCGAGGAGCGGCUCCCGUCCUGCUUCGACUACAUCAUGCACUUCCUGACGGUGUUCUGGAAGGUUCUCUUUGCCUUCGUGCCCCCCACCGAGUACUGGGGGGGCUGGGCCUGCUUCCUUGUCUCCAUCGCGCUCAUUGGUGUGCUCACUGCGCUCACUGGUGACCUGGCCUCGCACUUCGGCUGCACCGUCGGCCUCAAGGACUCAGUCACUGCCGUGGUCUUCGUGGCCCUUGGCACCUCCGUGCCUGACACCUUUGCCAGUCGGGCAGCGGCAAUCCAGGACCAAUACGCGGAUGCCUCUAUCGGCAACGUGACGGGCAGUAAUGCAGUCAAUGUCUUCCUGGGCAUAGGGGUGGCCUGGACCAUUGCGGCCGGGUACUGGGCCAGCCAGGGCCAGCGCUUUGUGGUGUCGCCGGGCACGCUGGCCUUCUCCGUCACGCUUUUCACUAUCUUUGCCCUGCUGAGCAUCGCUGUGCUGCUGUACCGGCGCCGAGCACCCGUGGGGGGCGAGCUGGGGGGUCCCCGCACCCCCAAAAUCCUCACUGCCCUGCUCUUCUUCUGUUUCUGGCUCCUCUACAUCCUGCUGGCUGCUCUGGAGGCUUACUGCCACAUCCAGGGCUUCUGAGGGGUGGGGAGACCCCCAUUCUCUGGCUGGUGGGACCCCCUCCAGCCUCAGUUCUGGGUGGGGAGAACUGUCCUGCCCCAGUUCUUGGGAGGCGAGGCCUCUGGCUGGGGGUGGGAAGUACUCACCAGCUCUGGGGAAAGCCCCUCACAACCCCUGGGAGGCUAUGCCCCCGGCUCAGUGCUCGGGGGUGAGGGGACAUUACAGCUGCUGCAGGAGCAAAGGACAUUCCAACCUCCCCCAUUGCCUGCCCCCCCUCAAACUGGGGAAGCCUCCCACACUGCAGUCCCCUUUCCCCACCCUGACACCCUUCCAGCUCUGGGGAAAUCCCCAGCCCCCACUCAGUUCAAAAGGGGACAAAGGACAUUCCAAGUGUAGACUGUCCCCUCCAGUGCAUUUUGGAUUUAGUUGGGGGCAAAGGUCAUUCCAUCCACACCCAAGAGCCCCUCCUGCCCCAAGCCCCUGCCACCAGCUGUUUCCCCACUUAUGCCAUGAGGUAGCAAGGACACAAGAGAGGGUAACUAUGCCUGUAGGUGGCAGGAUAGUUGGGCACACAGCAGCAGCCCAGCACACAGCAGCAGCCUCACCCGCAGGGCUGCAAGGGUCAGCACACAAAUUGGAGAGGGGGCAGGGGAAAGAGGGUCAGUCUCUCUCUCGUCCACUUCGUUUUUAAACCUCCCUGCUCCCAAGCACAUGGAAUCUUGUGUCCCCCCAAAAAGCACCAUUAUUAAUGGACUCUCACUGGGACAAGGGACAACCCCCUGGGAUCUCAGUGGGGGAAAAGGCUCCAAAUUCAAUAUUAGGGUCACCCCCAUUGCCCUCCAAAACAGCACAAAGUCUUGCUAAUGAAAAUAGCAACAAAUUGGGGUUCAUUCCCUCCUCUCCAUUCCAUCCCAUACAGAGCCCAGAUUUCUAUUCUGUUGAUUUUAUUUAAAAAGAUAGAAAAGAAUAUUUUAUUUUGUAUUUAACAACAACAACAGAGCCCCACGCUCCAGAUUCCUCCCCGGAGAACUGGGCUGUGGAGAUAACUGAUGCAGCCAUACCCCCCUUCCGGUGCAUGGUCUCUUGUCCUGGCGUCUGCCUUUUGUUAGCAUUUGUGAGUCAAUAUAUGUGUUUGCACUUGUCCAUCUGUCCGUCUGUGUCUGCCUGUUGCUGGCUGGUUAGACCCCCAAUGUUUCCUGCUCCUAGUAGUUCCCCCUUCCCCGUCACACCCCCAGUGCCUGCAUCUUUCAUUUGUUUGGAAAAAAAAAAAAAAGAGAAACAUAAAACUUUGUACUAAAA